AGCCAGUGUGUGUGGUGGCUGCUGGCAGAGCUGGGAGACUCGCCGAACCUAGCAGGAGCAACUGUUGAGAGAAUAUUUUGAGCAGGUUCAGGUGCCUUCGGGGGAACUCUCAGUGCAGAAUUAAACACAGAUACGCUUCUUACUUCGUAAGACAUAGCCUACAGUUAUUUACCAUUUAAGCCAUUUACUCACAGCGGAGGAUUUUUUUGCAGCUAUAUGUACACUGCCAAGUGGAGCCAACUUGGGUAAAGAAACAUUUGAAGAACAUCUCUCCAAAAGGCGACUUUGGCAUUCAUCUGAAGUGGCAUCAUGCUGUAUUUCAGCGCACUGUGUGUGUACUUUCUGAUGGUCCCGAACCCAGUUAUGACAAACACCAUUACCGAGGACAUAGAUGUUUUGGUAUUUUUGCCACAGAAUAACUCCUACCUUUUUUCAUAUACAAGAGUCUCACCAGCGAUCCGUUACGCUCAACAGAGGCUGAAGACAGAUGGAGGACAGUCCUCAGGGUUCCGCUUCAACAUCCAGUUUGAAAACUCUGACUGUGUCUAUGAUGCUCUGUUUAAGUUAGUGGACAGGUCGUGUGGGAGAAAGCCGGAUCUAAUACUGGGUCCAGUGUGCGAGUACGAGGCGGCGGCGGUGGUGAGGCUGGCGUCCCACUGGAACAUCCCGGUGAUCACAGCAGGUGCCCUGGCCACCGGCUUCAGCAAUAAGAACACAGAAUUCUCCCACUUGACUCGCAUUGCCCCGUCCUACGUGAAGAUGGCAGAGACCUUCACCGCGAUGUUUGAGCACUUCGCCUGGAAGAAGGCGCUGCUGGUCUACGAAGACGACAAGGAGGAGCGGAACUGUUACUUCACUUUGGAGGGAGUCUAUCAUCUGAUGGCUGACUUCACCAUUAAACCAUAUCCUUUUUCUAAGGAGGAUCCCUUGGACACUGACGACAUCCUCCAAAACAUAGCUGAUACUGAAGUGGUGAUCAUGUGCAUGGGAGCAGACAAAAUACGAGAGAUCAUGCUGGCUGCACACAGACAACGGUUGACCAACAGCAAAUAUAUGUUCUUUAAUGUUGAACUCUUCAAUGCCUCUUCUUAUGGCAAUGGAUCAUGGAAGAGAGGAGAUAAAUAUGACAACGAUGCGAGGCAAGCCUAUGCUUCUCUGAAUACUGUGACGCUACUUAGGACAGUCAAGCCUGAGUUUGAAAACUUCUCCAUGGAAAUGAAAAAGUCCAUCAAAAAAGCUGGGUUUCACGACUGCAAAGACUGCGGAAGUGUCAACAUGUUUGUUGAGGGAUUCCAUGAUGCCAUGUUGCUGUAUGCCAUCGCCUUGCACGAAGCCAUGAAAAAUGGUUACAGUAAGAAAAACGGUACAGAGAUCACCUCACGCAUGUGGAACAGAACUUUUGAAGGAAUCGCUGGCCAGGUAUCGAUGGAUGUCAAUGGUGACAGAAAUGGAGAUUUUUCUUUGAUGGCCAUGACCAAUGUUGAGGCAGGAACAUAUGAGGUGGUGGCCAACUACUUUGGUGUAAAUGGAACAUUUCAGCUGCUGCCUGCCUUCAAAGCUGACCAUUUCACGCUGAGCGAAAGAUUUAAAGCACACACAGAGAUACCGGACAAAUCAUGUGGACUAGGAGUAUCAGCUUUGACUGGAGUCAUAGUGGGAGCUGUUCUGGGAGCUGCAAUGCUUAUAGCAUUCUACUUUUUCAGAAAAAACUACAGGAUUACCAUUGAGCGUCGCACACAUAGUGAAGAGUGCGACACCAGGAAGCACCGUCAGCUGCGAGAGGACUCCAUCAGAUCAAACUUCUCAGCAGCAUAAUCAUCAGCAGCAGCAGACCCUUCACAUAGAAUCACACAUCUGAAUGUGACCAAAGACUUUGUAAUGGUUGUCAGUGGAGCCAUUCUGUUAAAAAUGAGACAUGUUGUGUUUGUAUCCUAUAAUGUUUUGUAACUCAGGACAGUUGUAAUAGUCACAAAGCACCACUUACUUGGAUUUUCUGUACACAGGUAUAUAAUUGUAUUGGUGUAGAGAAAGCUUUGGCCAUAAUAUUCUUUGUGGGUUUUUUUUUUAAAGAAUUUGUUUCAUUUUUUAGAAUGAAUACCGGAAUAUAGGCUAGGUCUAUAUUUAUAGGUUUUAAGCUACUGAUAUUAAGCUACUGAUAUUGUAGGGUUUUCAGCAGAUCCAGCAUUCUCCAUACAAAUCUUAUUCCUAAUUUGUAACUGAGCAUGUUGCUCCUAAAAUAAGAAACACUGGGUAACCUAUCAUCUUGAAAAGUGCAACUCUUCUACACCUGGAUUGCCUCAUUUACAGUAUUUUCAUUUAAAAUUUGUAUAUUUAAUAAAUUCAGUUGCUACCAGAUUACAAAAUUGUGGUACUACUUUCUGGUAUUUAACAAAGCAUUCUUUAUUAAUGGUUAAUACAUUAAUUACUAAUUCUUUAUAGAUCAGUAAUAAGCCAAUAAUCAGAACAACUCGUGUUAGGUCGAGAUUGUUUUGGCUUAAUGGCUAACCAUCUUCUCAAUGAAUUAAAGGAAAACUAUCAUUUA